GCCAUGAAGUUCACACGACCUAUGCCACCAUCCGAGCCUCCUCCUCUAACCACUGCACCGGAUCAGGGCUCAUCAGCAGCCUGCACUGUUUGUCAACCUGGUAAGCGUUGUGAGGUUCACCUUGAAAGCUAUGACACAACAGAUCCCAUUUUCCAAUAUGCAUACAGCCACUCAACAAUCAUUGACGACAAUGAUAUGCAGGGCUUGCUCAGAGAGAUGUACAAGGCAUCAUUCCCAGCCACGCUAUCAUGGCGUGACUCCGUCACUCCGGAAGUUUUGCAUCUCACACAAUCCCUCAUAUCAUUGUACAAACCGUCCAGAUGUCUUGUCAUAGGAGUUUUCACUGGUUUCGCUCUGCUCGGGAUCGCUGAACAAGUGGACUACAGGGGUGUUAUCAUAGCUCUCGAACAUCCCAAAUAUGCUCACUUUUGGGAGAAUGUCGGCAUGAAGUAUGCAAGGAAG